AUGAGGAGUACGUCUAUAUAUGGAGCUGCCAGUCUGUUAUGUUUUUUGUUUUUGUCUUUAAAUCGUUUAAUAAUACCGGUAAAUGGGGUAAUUCUUGCUAUUGAUUAUGGGAAGGAGUGGAUUAAAGGAGCCAUUAUUAACCAUGGAAUCCCUAUAGAAAUAGUUCUUACGAGAGAAUCUAAACGUAAGGAUCAGAGUGUUAUUGGUUUUAAUGGUGAUGAACGGGUUUAUGGGACAUAUGCAGCAGAUUUAUUGUUUAGGAACCAGUCGUUAGUUUUUCCGUCAUUAAAGUCGUUAAUUGGAAAGCCUUAUGAUUCUCGAGAAGUUAGGGAAUAUAUGUCAUUAUAUAGGAAUAUUGAGCUUAUUCCUAGUAAUAAUGGAUCAGGAGUAGCAUUUGUUCAUAAUGAUAGAACAUUUACGGUUGAGGAGUUAACAGCAAUGAUUUUUGAAAAUUAUAAGAAUAUGGCGGAGGAUGUUGUGGGGGAAAAAAUAACAGAUGUUGUUAUAACAGUUCCAUCAUUUUUUACAGAGAUUGAGCGACAUGCAGUAUUAGAUGCAGCGGAAAUAGCAGGAUUGAAAGUUAUUUCUCUUGUAAAUGAAGGAUAUGCAAUUGCGAUUAAUUAUGCUAUGACUCGUAUAUUUAGUAAUGAAUCUCAAUAUCAUAUUUUCUAUGAUAUGGGUGCAGGGAGUACAACAGCUACAUAUGUUUCAUUUAAAACGCUUACUCUUCUGAAUAAUAAAACUCUUACGCUUUUGAAAGUGAUAGGCGUUGGAUAUAAUAGGUAUUUUGGGGGUGAUACAAUCACAUGGAAGCUUUUAGAGUAUUUAAUACAAGAAUUUGAGUUAUCGAAAAGGCCGCUUAUGAAGGAUUCUAUAAGAUCAAAUCCAAAGGCAAUUACCAAGUUAUUUCAUGAGUCAUCACGAAUCAAACAAAUUCUUAGUAUAAAUUCUGAAGCCCAUUUAAUGAUUGAGAAUCUCCAUGAGGGUAUUGAUUAUAGUAUUAAAGUGAGUCGAGAAAUAUUUGAAGGAUUGUUGCGAGGAUUAGUUGAUGACAUAAAAAAACCGAUCACUGAUGCUGUUUCAAUGACUUCAAAGCCUAUUCGAUUUGUAAAUUCAGUUGUAUUAGCUGGAGGUGGUGCAAGAGUUCCUUUUGUUCAGAAAGAAAUAGAAGCUUUGGUCGGAUCCAAAAAAGUUGCAAGAAGUGUAAAUGCAGAUGAGGCCGCAGUAUUGGGUGCUGUUUUUCGAGGAGCUGGUUUGUCAGGACAGUUUCGUGUAAAAAAUAUUAAAUCGACUGAUAUUACUAUGAAUUCUGUUUUUAUAAGUUAUCCUGAUCUACAUGAUAGUUCCAAAGUUGUUACACAUUCUUUAUUUUUAAAAGGGAUGGAAUUAAAUAAAGACAAGACUGUUAAUUUUGCUCUUUUAAGCGAAUUUAAUAUUAUUUUUUCGCAUGUUGUAGGUUUUAGACUUCCAGGAACUGAGUUUGCUACUGUCAAAAUAAGUGGAUUUAAUGACUCUGUUGAUUAUUUGAAAAAUCAACACGAUAAUCAGAGUUAUUGCGAAAAUCUUGCUACAUCUGUUACGUUUAGACUCAAUUUUUCAGGCUUGAUUACUGUGAAAAGUGCUUUUGUAGAGUGCAGAUCUAAAGUCAUGUCCACAUUAAAUUUUUACGAAAAGUCUCAUAAAGAAUAUGAACGCAAAUUAUUUGAAGAAUAUAAUUAUGUUGAAUAUUACGAUUCUUUAGAAUCUAAUGAUGAUGAUGAUGAUGAUGAUGAUGAUAAACUAAAAAGAAAAAAUACAACAAGACCUUUGGAUUUUGAAAUUUCAUAUACGAAUUUAAAUCCUCAAGAUAAAAACUUUAAAAUGGCUUCUAGGAAUAUGUUACUUAAUUUAAAGGAAAUAGAUAAGAAAAGAGCUGCUCGUGAUGAAGCAAGGAACCUUCUUGAGGCUUAUAUUUAUAACGUUCAGGAGCUUCUUGAAAUUGACGAAUUUAUAGCUGUUAGUAAUCAAGAGCAACGUGAAGAAUUGUCAAAUGUUGUUAAAAGUGUAAGUGAAUGGCUUGAAAAGAAUGGAGAUGUGUCAACAUUGGAAGAAUUGACUGAACGUAAAAAUAUUAUUAAAGCUUUAGAAAGCCCUAUUUCAGAAAGAAGAGUUGAUGCUCGUGAGCGAUCUUUUAGAAUUGAUGAGUUAAGAAGACGAAUAGAUGGCUUUAUGCGCUUUUUAAACAGCCUUCCUAUUGAGAAAAUACGAGAGCCAUUAGAUGACUCUGAUGGUGAUAAAAAAAUACCCUAUAAAAAGAUUUUAGAUGAAGCUGGCUUUGGUUCAGGAAUGAAAGAAACUAUGCGUGAUGUUGAAGAACCUGGUUUUAGACCUGAAGAUGUUGAAGCUUAUAGAACAAAUGCUAUAAAAGUUGAAAAAUGGCUUGAUGAAAGCAUAACUGCCCAAGAUGCCUUAAAACCUUGGGAAAAUCCUGUGCUUAAAGUCAAAGAUAUAAUGUCAAAAAUAUGGGAAUUGGAACAAACUAAAGAAAAUAUUCGUGUUAUGGAACAGAUUUAUUUAAGAUCUCGGGAAUAUUUCAAAAAAAAUGCUGAGAAAGAAAGACAAUCUGUUAAUGAAUCUAACCCUUCUGUUUCCAUAGAACAAAAUUCUACAAAUGCUACAAUGGAGUUACCUGUAAACACUACUCUUGCAGAGUCUGUUAUAUAUACUGAUAUUUGAUAAAUUUGAUGUAGAUAAUAAUAAUGUAUAUAGUAUUAUAGUAUUUAUUAGUUUCUAACGUGAUAAAAAAGU